AUGGGCAUCCUGCUCGAAGCAGACUACAAGGGUGUUCUGCAGGGCCGCGAGUCACCCAUCUCGGGUCUUCAAAAGGCCUUCUCUCCAGCAAAAGGCCGCACGCCGAAUCCGCUGGAGCGCAAGGAAGGCGAAGAGGUUCCCCAGCCUGAGUCUGCAAAUCAGCUCACAUAUGAGUUGAUGAACCGCGAUAGCGCCAUUCUUCUCGCAAAGGAAGCGGCAAAGGAGAAUGUCAGCGCAUACCUGUAUGUGUCGGCACAUGGAGGCGCCCCCGUUCUUCCCGCGAGGUAUAUCACGACAAAAAGGGAGGCAGAGAGCAUCAUCGCUUCAGAGUUCCCCAAGAUCAGAGGUGUCUUCAUUCGACCGCCAUUCAUGUACGAUAGCUCGCGGCCAUUGACGCUACCAUUGGCCGCCGGCACUGCUAUGGGGUCCUUGUUCAACGGACUGACAAGAGGCGUACUCGGCGGUUUCAUGGGCACAGCGGGAGUGAAGCCCCUGAAAGCUGAUCUCGUCGCUGAGGCUGCGGUAGAAGCUCUAGGCGAUGAAUCUGUCAGGGGUCCAGUGGAGGUUGCGGAACUCGAGGAACUGGCGAGCAAAGCGUGGCGGAAGACCAUGCUCUAA